AUGCCAUUUAGUUAUUGUCGUUGUUGUAAAAUCAACCAUGAACAGGGAAAGGGUCAUAUCUAUAGUCCUAGACACAUAAAGAAGCUUCGAGAAUGGGCCGAAAGGCAACGGAAGCGUGUGAAUAACUGCAUUUUGUUAGCAGAGCCGGGGCGUGGCAUUCAGAGUGUGGAAACGCAUUCUUUUUGGUGUGCCUUCUGCGGAGAGGAGAUUUUAGAUACAGCGCCCUUCCUCGUCAAGAACUGCCUCUCUCACCUCUGCACAAAGGAGCAUCGAGACAAGGUAUAUGAGUUUUUUCGCGCAACUGGUACAAACCACCACGAGAUCGACCUAAAGUGGUUUUACAUCGGCGAGCCUUACCGCGAUGAAUACAUCGAGCGCGUCAAAAGCCACAUCUACCACAACAAAAUCACUCCCUCGAUUUUCGACGCUUCGCUUCCCCACCUGGGUCCUGCAACGCCCUCUCCCUCCGCCAUUCCCCCUCCUCCUCCUCCUUCUCUCCCUGUCCCCUCCAAGCCUCUCUCUCUCCUCGAGAAAUACCCGCUCGAUUCACUUCUCUCCGGUCCCUUCCUCAGCGAUCGCUUCUACCUCGGCGAGCAUUUCCCGACCCUCCAAAGCGACUCGGGCAUCCUCCAAAACCCCUCUGGCCGCACGGAAACGGGUCGUCGCGUGUGGGGCGGCGGGAUCGUGAAGCUCACCAAGAGCGAGUGGAAGCCCUGGCCGAUCGAUCUGGUCUUCCAGCAUCUCCGCAAGCAGCAGCAGCUCGCGCAGAAAGCCGCGCAGGACGCCGAGAAGGCGCGGCAGAAGGAGCUGGCGGCGAUGAUUCCGCUGAAGCACACGGAGAGCGCGACGGGCGCAGGAUUGAGCUGCAUCUCCCUGCCGCGAUCGAGCGAAGGCAACGUGCACUCGCUGGCGCUGCCGCCAUGGCUGGAUCCGACGGAGACCGGAGAGGCGAUGCGGCGAUGGCGGAAGCAGAAGGAGUUCGAGCAGAGGUUCCAGAAGAGACAUCAGGCGCUGAAUGUGGGCGUGGUGCGCGGAAAGGAGGCCGGGGAGGACUGGCUGCCGAACUUCGGAAGCGUGUGGGAAAGUGGGUCGAGGGCGAAGACGCGGAUCGGAUUCCAGCAAGCGAAGGUGGGACCGGGAAGCAUGCUGGGCGAUCUGGAGAAACUGGUGAAGAGCGGAGGGAAGGAUGUGUCGGAGAAGGAGAAGCAGAGGAUUAUUCGCGAAAGCAAGAAGAAGGUGAUGGAAAAGAUCCAGUUGAGAAUGCGAACCGAAAAGUGA